AUGGCAUGGUCAAAAGCUCGUAUUGCUCUCCACAAGGUCACACCCAUGGGCGGGGCACCAACCGUCUUGAACAUGAUUGCGAAUUCGCCACCAAGCGACCAAAGGCCACUUUCUGACAAGGUUGAAAUCAUGACAGGUGGUGCACCACCUCCUCCACAGAUCCUUUACAAGAUGGAGGAGCUAGAUUUUAGAGUAUCCCAUUUGUAUGGACUUACGGAGACUUAUGGUCCUGGAACACAUUGCUCAUGGAAGCCUGAGUGGGAUUCUUUGCCUCCAGAUGAACGAUUAAAGCUCAAAACACGACAAGGGGUGCACCACCUAGGUUUGGAAGAAGUUGACGUAAGAGAUUCUGCCACCAUGGAAAGUGUGCCAACUGAUGGUAAGACGACGGGUGAAGUUAUGUUCAGAGGAAAUACUGUAAUGAGUGGAUAUUAUAAAGAUUUGAAAUCAACAGAAGAAGCUUUCAGGGAUUUAUGGUUUCGAAGUGGUGAUCUUGCCGUGAAACAUCCUGAUGGCUAUAUUGAAAGUAAAGGAUCGCUUGAAAGACGUUAUAAUCUCUGGGGUGAGAAUAUAAGCACUGUGGAGGUAGAAACAGUGGUGUAUAGUCAUCCAGCAGUUCUUGAGGCUGCGACGCCUUGUGCAUUUGUAAAGUUGAAGGAGGGAUUUAAUGUUGAUGCUGAAGAAAUAAUCAAGUUUUGUCGUGAUCAUUUGCCUCAUUAUAUGGCACCUCGGACAGUCAUUUUCGAUGAUCUGCCAAGAACUUCAACUGGCAAGGUUCAGAAAUUUAUCCUGAGGGAGAAAGCAGAGGCCUUGGGCAGCCUUUCUUGA